AUGAAUUCGGUAAGCAGGUCUUGGCGAACUAUAUGGGGAAGUGCGUCCACAGUAUGGCUGCUGGUUCUAUCGUUUUUUGAAUGGUUGUUUUCAGCAACCUCCAUUUCACAAGCGCGUGGAUUUGAUCAUCGGAAAGGACAAACAGUAUUGAAGCGGGACUGCUGUACUUGGGAUGAUUGGAAGGAGCUAGCAACGGCGGUCGAUAAAAAGUCUGGACGUUGGAAAGGAAGAUUUGAUCCAAUCUCGGACAAGUACGAUUAUUCCCUGAUUGAACGAUGCACUUCUACCUUGAAGCUUUAUCGAACGAAAAGGGAGGCAUAUCCCAUGCUCAUGUUCUUACGUUCCAGCUUGCUGCGCAAUUUCGGCAAUAUUGGUGAUUCCGGACUAUACACUGAAAAUUAUUCUGGGACAAAAAUCUUAAUAGAAGAAUACGUACGAGAAGUAAAUCGCUGCUUAGAAUUUCUUUUCCUUACAAAAAAGCUAUCCCUCGAGGAAAAACAUGGCUUUUAUUCUGCGGCGAAAGUAUCCUUCGGCACUACUUGCUUGUACUUCAAUGGUGGCACCGCCUUUGGGUUAUAUCACUUUGGCGUAGCAAAAGCCUUGUGGGAAAGAAGUCUUUUGCCAAGAGUCCUCGCUGGUUCGGCAUCUGGUGCGUUGAUUGCCGCUUUUCUAGGAGUGCAUCGCGAUGAGGAACUAGAUGGUCUUUUCCAAACAUUCCCCGAUGAAUUGUGGGAGAUUUGUAAAAGUACUUCCGACUAUUCCUUGGCUAAAGUUAUAAAAUAUGGAAACAUGCUAGACAUUUCGAUGAUUGCUUCUUUUGUUCAUAAAUGUGUUGGAGAUUUAACUUUUCAAGAAGCCUUUGAGAAAACAAAUCGCGCAACUAAUAUUAUCGCACCCCCAUCAGUUACUUCUGGUUCUCCUCAAGUUUUAAAUUAUCACACAGCACCAAAUGUCUUAGUAUGGAGUGCUACAUGUGCCAGCAACAGUUGGGCUGCGAUCUACCGAUCUACCAGCUUGUUGGCAAAAUCACCGGAUGGUACUGUUGAAGUCUGCACUCCUGAAAAUUUCGUAUGGCCAUAUGCGAGCAUGCAUCACCCUACUCGUCCCAAUUCUUACGCUAGAAUUUCUGAGCUUUUUAAUGUUAAUCAUUUUAUUAUCACUCAGUCCCGGCCCUCCCUUUUUCCGACGUUUCACGACGAAUUAUACCAUCAUAAACAUACAGGCUAUACACUUAAAGUGAUUCGUCUCUUUGGUUUGGAAAUGGCCUAUCGUUUUCGCCAAAUGGACAUACUUGGCCUCCUACCUAUUAAAUUAAGACGAUUUUUAGUGGACGACUUUAUUCCAAGCGCUUAUAUAACGCUCACUCCUACGUUCUCAUUUAGUGAUAUAAGGCAUGCCUUCACGAAGCCUUCUCUUCAAGAUAUUCAGUACUGGAUUUUAGUAGGCGAGCGUGCUACUUGGCAAGCUAUCCCGUUACUGCUGAUACGAUGUAAGAACGAAUUCUCAUUGAAUGAUUACUGUGAACAAAUAGCUUUUAGCAAAACAACUAAAAUUCCUUUAGACUCUAUCUCGACUCCGUUUGUUAUGGCAUUGGAGGAAAGCGAAGAUAAGUUGUUAAAAAAUUUUAAAGUUAAGUAG